AUGGGAGACCCUACCAGGAAAACAAGGUUCCAUCCAGACAACACAGCCCCCAGGUUUGUUGGAGGAAAGUUAAACAUGUGCUACAAUGCAGUGGAUCGUCAUGUAGAGAGUGGCCGUGGACAGCAGCCUGCCAUCAUUUAUGAAAGCCCUGUGACUGGAACUAAACGGAUCAUCACUUUCAGGGAACUUCAGGACCAGGUGUCUAGGUUAGCAGGAGUCCUGGUGAAGAAUGGUGUACGGAAAGGAGAUCUGGUGGUCAUCUACAUGCCCAUGGUGCCGGAGGCCAUGUUCACCAUGUUGGCCUGUGCCCGGAUCGGUGCGCCACACAGCCUUAUCUUUGGCGGCUUUGCUUCCAAAGAGCUUUCUGUCCGCAUCGAUCAUGCCAAGCCCAAGAUGAUGGUCACAGCCUCAUUUGGCAUCGAGCCAGGCAGAAGAGUAGAGUACAUCCCUCUGGUGGAGAAGGCCCUGGAGCUUAGCUCUCACAAACCCUCUAAAGUCCUCAUCUACAACAGGCCGAACAUGGAAAAAGUGUCAAUGAGUCCGGAGUUGAGUCUGGACUGGGAGGAGGAGAUGGCUACAGCUCGACCUCAUGACUGUGUUCCUGUUCCCUCAAACCACCCUCUCUAUGUCCUCUAUACAUCCGGGACCACUGGAACGCCAAAGGGUGUUGUGCGAGACACUGCAGGCUAUGCUGUGAUGCUGAAAUGGACCAUGUCAAAUAUUUAUGGACUCAGUUCUGGAGACGUUUGGUGGGCAGCGUCAGACCUGGGCUGGGUGGUCGGACAUUCCUACAUCUGCUAUGGUCCUCUGCUCCAUGGUAACAGCACAAUUCUCUAUGAGGGUAAGCCUGUGGGGACUCCAGACCCUGGCGCCUUCUUCCGGGUUUUAUCUGAACAUGGAGCCUCGUCCAUGUUCACAGCCCCCACUGCCAUCCGAGCCAUCCGCCAGCAGGACCCUGAUGCUGCAAUUGGGAAAAAAUACCCCCUAUCUAGGCUGCGGUCGUUAUUUCUGGCUGGAGAACGUUGUGAUGUGGAGACGCUGGAAUGGGCAAAGAGGAGCUUUGGGGUUCCUGUCCUGGAUCACUGGUGGCAGACUGACUCGUCUUCCUCUUAA